CUUUCUGAAAACGAGUGUUUUUCUUCCAUAUGAUAACACGUGUUUCGAUAUUCUAAGAUUGACAUUCAACCAAUUAAAAACUGUUAGUUUAAAUGAAUCGUUCAUGCUGACUAAAGUGAGAAACAGAAAUGUUCAACGAAAUCGUACAUCCAAUGGAACCUAGGUCUAGGAACAUUCGGCUUCGCCCUGGGCUAGCCUAAGUACAGUCAUACAGUUUAAAAUUGCUGGUAAAGGAGAAUAUGGAAACAAGUGUUAUCAGGCAUUUGAAAAGUGAUGGGACAGUGACAAACCUUAAAAGCCUGAUGGCCAGUAUAACAGCUGGUGAUGAGAGCACCGUCAAUGAAUUGCUGACAAAACUUGAUGUUCGAAGACUAAACAAACAGUGUCGAGUGAACUAUUGCAGGUAUUCAGAUAUAACAGUGACACCAUUGCUAUGGGCAGUGAUUCUUCGGAAACAUGGCAUCAUUGAGUCUCUUCUUCGCAAAGGCGCGAAUCCUGAUAAGGCAGGCAGCUAUUGUGAGAUAUCCACUGUCUUUACAUACACUCCUUUGUUGAAGGCAGUGGAACAUGUAGACUUGCCAAGUAUUGAUAUGCUACUGGAGUAUGGGGCAAAUCCCCAAUUAGGGGUUCCAGGUCCAAGGCAGUUAGAGGAGGAAGGGGGAUCUGCUCAGUGGAAGGGGACAGACCCCUUGAGAUUGUCAAUGGCUAGUGGGACAUUGGUGUUUAGAAAGUUGCUUGCUUGUGCAGAUCUGUUUAGAGAGCAUGGCGAGAAAGGCCAUGUUUGCUUAUGUUACGCAAUUAAGUGUUUUACGACUUACGGAGGGUCUUCACUAUACAUUCAGUAUGUGAUUCAGCAUGGUGGAACUGUUUGUAAAGGAAGGUUUUUCAGAGGCAAUGUUGAAUGCGAGAUACUAAAGUCGCUUAUUUCCGGUAGUGUCACGUUUGAUUGUGAUAACAGUGACUUAGAAAUGAAAUUUAAAUCGUUAACUGUCCAUGAGCAUUAUGUACCAAUUGUUCAGUUGAUUCUGAAUACUGACUAUGUGCAUUCCUCUUCCUGUAUAUACAGAACUUUAUCAGCUUCCAUUCUGUUGAAAAACAUGUCGUCUCUUGUGUCAUGUAGCAAUGAAAAAUCAAAAAAAUAUAUCACCUGGUUAACUAAGCAUCUUUCUAACCCAUCAGACUUGAAGCACAUCUGCAGAAUAAAAAUCAGAAAUUGCAUGAAAAGAUUCUCACCUGAAAUAUGUGAUGAACUGCCAUUGCCUGCAGAACUGAAGGAGUAUUUGGUGAUUGGGUAUCACAUGCAAAUUGCUGCAAAUGACUGAACAUCUUUAUCAGGACUUGUGGCAAACUUGAUGAUGAGGCUAGCUCGUUAAGUUUGUACCAUGGGGCCAUGGCGUUGAAUCCUCAGACAUACAAGACAGAAAAGACAAAUACUGUCCAACAAAUACAACAUCCGCAGCUGUGCUGAUUUCAUGCUCAUAACUGCAAACUGUCAAGUUCAAGCUUGUAACAGCUCUUAAGUAUGUCAAGACUCAUAACAUCUCCAAACUGUGUCAAGUUACAGCUCAUUACGGCCCCCAACUGUGUCAAGUUUCAUCUCAUAACAACUCCAAACCCUAAAAGAACAUCUCCAAAUUGUGUUAAGUUAUAGCUUGUGUGUUUCUAGUAGCAGCUAAAUAAAACAGCUCUAAACUGUGUAAAGUAACAGCUCAAGUUCUAAACCAAGUCAAAUUACUGCCGCAUAUUUUGAGUGGUGUUUAGAAAAACCAUAUAAUGAAAAAAAACAACAGCUGAAGACUUUGAACCAAGACCCCAUGCUGCACAGUGAGUCUAGUAUCAGUCACAACAAAACUGUAAGUCUUAGAUUUGUUUAUGUAAUUCAGAUGCAAGUGUUGCUCAAGUGCCUUCUUCAAUGGUAAGCAAGUUGUUGAUACUUUGUUAUCAUGUAUGCUUAGUGUCUUUAAUAUGGUAUUGUUAUCAACUUUUGAUUUUUUUGUAGCUUUUUUCGGCACUUUGUGAUGAGAAGUUUCCAGUCCUAUAUAGCUUUUGAUGACCUGUUUGUUCAUUCUGCCAUGUUAGAGUUUAUCAUGGCUUUUUUGCUGAUUUUAUACCUGUUAUAGGUCAAAUUGCCAAUGACAAAACAUAU